ACUCAUUAUCGUCUAACCAAUCGCUCAAAGAAGAAACCGAAAUCACAGAAAUGGCGUCGACGAAGCCAUUGAUCGUCGCAGCAAAGACGCUCCGGAACCGGAUCCAUUUCCGAUCUGGAUCCACAUCAGCUGGUCCAAGCCGGUGGGCAACGGCGGGUCACGAAGAGCGGCCGAAAGGAUAUUUCAUGAACCGGACUCCGCCGCCUCCAGGACAGUCGCGCAAGUGGGAAGAUUGGGAGCUGCCUUGUUACAUCACAAGCUUCCUCACGAUUGUUAUCCUCGGUGUCGGACUCAAUGCCAAACCCGAUCUUUCAAUAGAGACCUGGGCUCAUCAGAAAGCUCUCGAGCGCCUCGAGAUGGAGAAACUCGCGUCUGCUGGGGAUUCGUCUGAUUAAUCUCUGAUCUUGGGAUAGUUCAUAUGAUUCGAUUGGUUCAUCUGGUAUGUGUGUUUGUGUGUGUUUUUUUUCCGGGGAUUUGAGGAGAUUUUUCCGUUUAUGAUGAUGAUAACGUAUACUAGUGACCUAGCGUUUCGUUUUGCUUCGCUCUCUCCUCUUCCUUUUUAAUCGUUAGUGUUCAUAAAAUUGUUCAUGAAAUAAGCCAUCUUUUUAACUCUUGACGAUGGAUUUAUGUAACUCACCGUAGAUUUUUGAUCAUGUUACAAAGCUGCAAACUUUUGCUGUCCU